CGAUUCGAAACUGGUGCAGUUUGGGUAUUUUUUCUUCACGUGAGGAUUGCUUUUCAGACCCAACUGAAGAAGGCGAAUUUGUUUUCAAUUUGAAAACGAUUGAUUAUAAUUAGGAAUGGUGGAGAACUUAGUCCCCUACAGUAAGUGGGACCCGGUAGUUCACGAACUCUCAGAGGAGUUCCGAUUGACGAAUUUUACCGGUUUAAAAGGGUGAGGGUGUAAGGUCCCCCAGAAGGUGCUGCUCAAACUUCUGGAGGGAUUAGAAGCUCUUUCCAAUGGGUUUCAAAAUGGCCAACUACAACCCACACCCACUGUUGGUAUUGGCCUUGACUGCUGUGUAAUACCACUCCGAUUUGGAGGGCUUUCACUUCUUCAAACGACAGAUUUUUUUUAUCCACUUAUUGAUGAUCCUUAUAUGAUGGGGAAAAUUGCUUGUGCCAAUGUUUUAAGUGAUUUGUAUGCAAUUGGUGUAACAGAAUGUGACAAUAUGCUCAUGCUACUCGGUGUCAGUUCAAAGUUUACCGAAAAAGAAAGAGAUACUGUUAUUCCACUUAUGAUACAUGGGUUUAAGGAUAGUGCAGAGGAAGCAGGAACUUCAAUAAAUGGGGGACAAACUGUUCUAAAUCCAUGGUGUCUUAUUGGAGGGGUGGCUACUACAGUUUGCCAGCAGAAUGAAUUUAUUAUGCCAGACAAUGCUGUCCCAGGGGAUGUACUUGUACUCACAAAACCACUUGGUACUCAGGUGGCUUGUAAUUCACACCAAUGGUUGGAACAACGCAACGACAAAUGGAACCGCAUUAAGUUGGUUGUUUCUGAGGAUGAAGUAGAAAAAGCUUAUCAUGAUGCAAUGUUUAACAUGGCAAGACUCAACAGAACUGCCGCACAAUUAAUGCACACGUUCAACAGUCAUGGAGCAACAGAUGUGACUGGUUUCGGAAUUCUUGGUCAUGCAGCUAACCUAGCUAAGCAACAACGAAGUGAAGUUAACUUUGUCAUUCACAAUCUUCCAUGUAUUGCCAAGAUGGCAGCCAUUGCAAAAGCAUGCGGAAAUAUGUUUGGUCUCCUACAAGGAACAUCAGCAGAAACCUCUGGUGGCUUGUUGAUCUGCCUUCCACGAGAGCAAGCAGCCAAGUUUUGUGCUGAAAUAAAGAAAGUAGAAGGAAACCAAGCUUGGAUUAUUGGCAUUGUUGAAGCAGGCAACCGUACUGCACGAAUUAUUGAAAAACCAAGAGUAAUUGAAGUUCAAACAUUGGAAGAUGGAACUGUACAAAGUGUCCCACCAACUUCUACUCCACGAAGAACUAUAAAACCAUCCGCUAUAGAACAGCAAAAGACCAUGUUACCAGAAAUACAAACUCAGCCAAACAAUAACUUGCAACAACACCAACAAACCCAACAAGUUACCAACAUCAUUCACAGCGUGCAGCAGCCACAAGUGAUGCAGCAACAAGCACCUUCUGUAACGCUACUCACACCAGUCACCAUGCAUGAGCAAGUACAACAGGUCAUUGUGCAAGACCCCCAACAGUACCAACACCACCAGCAAAUGCAACAGUUUCAGAAUCAUCACCAGUAACGGCCAAUUGUAGCAAUAAUCGUGACCAACUUUUUAUUAUUAUACAAUAGUGUAUCCUUGAAGCCAGAUGAAGUACUGCUAUGAUGCAGUGAGGAAUAUUUGGAACGAUUCGCGAAGCAAUUGAGCAGCUUGUUAUCGCAUAUUGACCAAAUGAACUUAACCCACCACAUAGCAGCUUAAUGAAAUCCACUUUUAAAAUUUGUAUGAAAACAAAGGAAAGUGGGAUUGAAGCCCUGCUGUUAUGUUGGAGGUUAACCAACAAGGUUUCUCACUACAUGCGCGUUAUUAUUGCCAAUUUUAAUUUUGUUUUUGAAUAAAAACGGAUAUGUAUUUGGUCAGGAAUAUGAUAACAAUGGGAUCUUAAAAUAGGGUGGUGUAUAAUUAAAAACGUAUUUUACCUAUAUCACACAAUUCCAGUUAUGAUGGUGUACAAUUAAAAACAUAUUUUACCUGUUUAUUUUG